AUGGACUAUCAAAGAAGCCGUGCAAUUGGCGUCAUUGAAAGAGCUUUCUUCAAUGUCCCAAUGUGUAGAUACAAAUUGAGAGUGUCCCAUAAGUUAGAUGAAACCGGAACCCCACUUGAUUUCGACACACACUUUAAGGACCUGACUAUCAAGAGAGUUACCCAAUUGGUGGAUGCAGGAGGGAUAAUAUUGCAGUUUCAGGAUUUUGCUGCCGUUGCAAUUUGGUUCCCACCAGGCGUCAAGCCACCAGCUGGUGAUUCCGAGGGAACUCCCUCUUACGUAGACUACUACUCAAAGUCUACUGCCAUUAAAAAGAAAAACCACGAAAAGCUAGGCAAUGAGUACUGGUAUUUGAAUACCAUUGCAAGGGAUCCAGAUAUAACUUACGGCCACGAGGGAAUUCGAAGUUCCGGUGUGGUUGGCCCUUUAAUCAGACUGAUCUUGUGGCAAGCAAGUCAGAAUAAUAUUCCAGCAGUGUUAGAGGCUAUCAGCGAUCGCGCCAGAGAUAUCUAUUUGCACUAUGGAUUUGAGGUUGUUGAUACAUUUGAACUUGGCCAAGGCGAAGAGAUAUACACUGUGUAUUUGAUGAUACAUAAUAAAACAGCCGAAGAGUACGAAGAGUCCAGUAAAUAG